CUUCCUUGAAUUAUGGUUUUCCUUGUCUCUAUAGCUUUACUAUGAGCUAUUAUAACUAUGGUAUUUUUCCUCUAUCAACCCCGUUCAGUUUCUUCUGCUAAAGGCUUCUCUGAUCGAACUGUUUACUUAAAUUGAAAAUGAUAGCAAACCUUUUUUCAGUAUUUGAUCCGACUUCCUCUUUUUUAUCCAACUGAUUAAGAAUACUAAUCCCACUUUUGUUUAUAGUAAUAUCUUUCUGAUUGAUUCCUUCGCGACCUCAAUUUUUGGCUAAGAGAGUUUUAAUGGGAUUAAAUCGGGAGAUGUCCCUCCUUAUAGGCCCAGCAAGAUUUGGUGCCAAUAUCCUAGUUAUUGCCCUUUUCUUAUUUAUUUUAUUUAAUAAUUUUAUUGGUUUAUUCCCUUAUAUUUUUACCGCUACUAGACAUUUAGCAGUUACCUUAAGACUGGCAGUUCCUCUGUGAAUCUCUUUUAUUCUAUAUACUUGGAUUAAGGAGACAACGAAUGCUUUAGCCCAUCUUGUACCUUUAGGAACACCGGCACCUUUAAUACCUUUCAUGGUAUUAAUUGAAAUCAUUAGAAAUAUGAUUCGGCCUAUUACACUCUCUGUCCGUCUUGCGGCUAAUAUAAUUGCCGGCCAUCUCCUAUUGACUCUUUUAGGGGCUCAAGGUACCCUGGAAAAUUUAUAUGUUACUUCAAUUGUAGUAUUUUCACAGAUUAUCCUAUUAAUGUUGGAAUUCUCUGUAGCUAUUAUUCAAUCUUAUGUUUUUAUGACUCUAAUGACUCUCUAUGCAAGAGAAUAA